AUGAAGCCACUGGACCUGCGACCUACAGUGACCGAGGUGACUGAGGUGACCGACCUCGAAAAAAGCGGUGUAGGCAAGGAACAUGUUGUUCUUAGUGUGUCUGGUAUGACAUGUACGGGCUGCGAGACGAAGCUGCAGCGAACACUAGCAACGUUGCCCUAUGUAAGCAUGCUUCGGACAAGUCUCAUCCUCGCCCGGGCCGAAUUCGACAUCGACAGCACAGCUGCUACUGCCGUUCAUGUGGUCAAACAUCUCGCACGUACGACCGAGUUCAAAUGCGAGCAGAUCUCGACACAAGGCUCAGGUGUCGAUCUCAUUUGCACUGGAAGCGCCGCGAUUGUUACCAAUGGCAGAUGGCCAGACGGUGUGCUUGACAUACGACCUCUCGACAAGGACACAAUUCGAGUGACAUACGAUGCGAAAGUGGUCGGAGCUCGAGACUUGAUUGAGAGAGGAUGGGACGACCCCAUGCAAUUGGCACCGAUACGGCUAGAUGCAUCUCUCGAUGCUGGAAACAGACACGUCUGGCAUAUGGGCCUCAUGACCUUGCUAUCAGCGUGCCUUACGAUACCAGUCCUCGUUAUGGCAUGGGCACCACUGCCGGAGCGAGAGGUCGCCUACAGCUCGGCCUCGCUUGCGCUUGCUACCAUCGUGCAGGUGUGCAUCGCAGGACCCUUCUAUCCCAAAGCUCUUAAGGCGCUCGUCUUUUCUAGGGUGAUCGAGAUGGAUUUUCUCAUCGUUCUGAGCACAAGCGCUGCCUAUGUGUUCUCAGUCGUCUCUUUCGGUUGUAUGAUUAACGGUCAUGCUUUGUCCACGGGCGAGUUCUUCGAGACGAGUACCCUCCUCGUAACCCUCAUCAUGGUCGGGCGCUGGGUUGCAUCGCUAGCUCGACAGAAGGCUGCUGAGUCUGUAUCGAUUCGAUCGCUUCAAAAAACGACCGCUAUACUUGUUGACCACGACGGGCGAGACAAGGAUGUCGACGCGAGACUCCUCCAGUAUGGCGACGUGUUCAUGGUCGCACCGGAAACUCAGAUACCCACUGACGGCACUAUUAUCGAAGGCUCGUCUGAAGUCGAUGAAGCAAUGCUCACCGGCGAAUCUACGCCUGUCGUGAAGCAGGUUGGCUCCACUGUCAUUGCGGGUUCCAUCAAUGGCUCGGGGAUGCUGAUGAUUCGCCUCACCCGCCUGCUGGGAGACAACACCAUCACUACGAUAGCUAGUAUGGUGGAUGAAGCGAAGCUGUCCAAGCCACGGAUACAAGACAUUGCGGAUAAAGUUGCGAGCUGUUUUGUUCCGGUUGUAGUGGGCAUCACGAUCGUCACGUUCACCAUUUGGGUAGCAAUAGGUGUGGCUGUUCGCCAGCAACCUGCUUCUCAAGCUACUAUUGAAGCCACCACAUACGCCAUCACCGUGCUGAUAGUGUCAUGUCCCUGUGCUAUAGGCCUGGCGGUUCCUGUGGUGAUCGUCAUAGCGACCGGAGUAGCAGCACAGCACGGUGUUAUUUUCAAAUCUGCCGCAAGCAUCGAGAUUGCGUAUAAGACAACGGAUGUUGUUUUUGACAAGACAGGCACGCUGACACUUGGCCGGCUGCAGGUUGUUGAGGAAGCCUCCUUUCACCCUGAUCCUUCGAUGUCCAAUGCCUUGUUGCUUGGCCUGCUCAGUAAUAUCAAACACCCGAUUUCCGGCGCUAUCGUAUCACAUCUAAGAGAAAAGGAUACCGACACGUUGGCCAUACAGGAAGCGAAAGUAGUCACUGGGAAGGGUGUCGAAGGCACCUGGCAGGGCACGAUUGUGCGCGUCGGCAACUCGAGGUGGCUCGACCUGAACGCGCAUCCGCUGGUCUGUUCACUAUUGUUGAAAGGUCUUACCGUAACCUGCUUCACUGUGGACGGUGAUGUAGCGGCUAUCUACGGACUGCAAGACACUAUUCGACCAGAAGCCUCUUCCAUUGUAUCAGAACUGCAUCGACGGAACAUUGCCAUCCACAUACUAUCUGGAGACGACGAUGGAGCAAUACAGUCCGUAGCCAGCCAGCUUUCGAUACCUAACAAUAACGUGCGCUCUCGAUGCUCGCCUGCUGACAAGCGAGCGUACAUCGAAGUGCUCCAGGCAGGACCGCUGUCGCCGCAGGGAUCGAAAAAUGCCCGCAUACCUACCAUUAUUUUCAUCGGAGACGGCACCAACGAUGCAGUUGCACUUGCACAGGCAACAGUUGGGGUUCACAUGUCGAGUGGUACCGAUAUCGCACAGUCUGCUGCUGAUGUUGUCCUGAUUAGAUCAGACCUAUCAGGUAUCUUGACGCUUCUCGCGAUAAGUGAGAAAGCGAUGAAUCGGGUGGCAUUCAACUUUGGCUGGAGCUUUUUUUACAACCUUUUUGCAGUACUGUUGGGUGCAGGCGCUUUUGUGAACGCGCGUAUACCUCCAGAGUUCGCGGGUUUGGGCGAACUUGUCAGUGUUCUGCCAGUCAUUGCUGCGGCGGUACUGCUUAGAUGGUCGGAGUUCUGA